AUGAGUUUAUUGAAUCAACAUCUUCAUCAAGAGACAGUAAUGCGACGAAAGCUAGAGGCUAAAAAUACUCAGAUGCAACACACUGAAUACAGGGAAAAGAACGGCCGAAGCACCAGAAAGAGAAAACGCACCAAUUACUCUUCUGGAGGAGAAGAUAGUCAAGAUGGAAAUCAUGAACAGGAGGAUCAUCAGAUGGAUUUGGAGUCUCCUAAAGCAAACACCUCUUUGGCUGAUCAUUAUGGUGAUGAGUUAGAGGAUGAAGAGCCCUGGGAUUUAGAAGAUGAAAGGACCUGGGCUGAUCAGGAGGCCUUGGAUGACAAAGAACCCUUGAAUGACAGGGAACACUUGGAUGAAGAAGAGCCCUUCAAUGAGGAAGAGGACUUGGAUGAAGAAGAACCCUUUGAAAAAAGGCACAUAUAUAAUAGUGAAGGAGAAAGUGAGAUAGACUCAGACAAUGAAGAUGAUGGACCAACAGAACAUCUCAAUCCCAUAGAUGCAUUUCUGGGCACUAUCGACUUCAAUGCAAUUGACAGCUGUGCUGACCAAUUUUUGGGAUCUCUUUGUUCAUUGCGAUCACAAGAACGCAUGAACCAAACUGAAGUGGCAGCCAACUCCAUCAGUAUAGAGCAAUCCAUUCGAUCUUUGACCAUCUCUCCAUGGGCUUCAGAUCAUCCACAGAUCAUUGCAAAAAUAUGGCCAAAACACGAUAUCCUCUUGAAAUCCAUGCAACUUUCAACAGUUGAGCUCUACGCCUGUAGGCUAAUUUAUAUGACAGGCAUUGCAGCACCUUAUACUUGGGUUGAAACCAUUGUCUGGGAGGCAAUCAAUACCGAGCCUUCAGUGAAUCAGACUUCUGCCCCAGCAGACUACAAACCUAGCUGGGUGCACCAGCUGGUCAAAGAUCUGAAGGGAUUGUAUCUGAGUGGCCUACACAAAUCAGAGAUUGUACCCUUUCCUUCGACAAAGUAUCUUCCACAUCUGGAAGAGCCUGUAACUCACCAGCACAAAAUUGGACGUGUGUUAUAUGACACAGAUGCACAAAAGGAGCAGCUGGCAACUGCAGCCACAGACAUCAUUCGUUCCUGGCUGCAUUUUCCAACUACCCCCAAAGCAAUUUCUCAGUGGAUGUUCAUUGCCACUAUCAACAAGGUCAUUGAUCGGCACUCCAUUUUUUUACUGGAGCCUGUUUGGACUGCAUUUCAAAGCCCACUUCUUACAUUGGAGGGCAGAAAUCAAGGAAGCAAUAAUCGAACUGAAAAACAUCCAAUUUGGAGACAGUUUGAAGCUUCUUUGCGACAGCAUCCAUUGGCAAAACCACAUUCAUGGUUGACGGAGAAGUUUGAGGUACUGCAUGAGACUGUCAUGACGUGGAUAAAAGAGAGUCAGAUUGAUCGCAAGGCCAUUGAGAAGGCACAGCUUGUAUUCACCAAUGCACGUUCUGAAUUCAGAGCAGGAAACACUAGUUCUGGAGCCAAGAAACGGUCCAAGACCAAAGGAUUCAACUCGGACACAUCAUCACUUCCCCAGUCCAAAGAUGACAGAAGAAUGCUUUUUGUCAACUUUCUGAGGCGUGGGCUGCCCCUUUUGGAGCAGGGACUCUCUGUGCAUGUGAACAGCUCUGACAAAUUUCUCAAGAAGAUGGCAAAUUCACCUGACAAAUUCAUGCCAUACAGAGAACAUGCUCCCACUCGUAUUAUUUCACGAAAUUUGAUAUAUGAUGAUCCAGAAUGGCUGAAGACACCAAUUGGUUUCUGGAAUGUUCUGUGCUUCCGUGGAGUUUUCUUUGGCUCAGAGUUUGCUCGUGACAAUGGACGUCAUUUCGAGGAUCUGGAUCAGUGGAAAGCGUUUAGCAAAGGCAAAGCAGAAAGCUAUUUCAUUGUCAAGACUGCCUAUGGGUCUUUUCAAGGAGACCGAAGCAUCGAUUGGGUUGAAGAAUACUGGGAAAAAAGGGAUCUAUGGGAGCCACUGAUGAAUAAGAAGGACUUGACUAUUUUUGACAUUUAUGACUUCCUGCUCCAGUCAUCUGCUGGCGGUGGAAGGUCAACAUCAAGUCGAAAGAGGGGAUCUUGGCAGUCAGCAAAAGGCAACAACAAAUCCACUCCAAAGAAGGUCUUUGUCAACAUAGGCUCACUAACAGCCAUUCUUAUCAUAGGAGAUCUGGUCUAUGCAGAUGUACUUCCCAUGCCUUCUGCUCUUGACUGGGGUAAACUCAUUGAAAAGGUGGGGAAGGGUGCAUUGGAUGCUAUGAUCAUGCUUGGGCUGAUUGAUGAGGACACGACGGUGCCUCAAGCAUUUGCUGAUCUCGAUGCCUUUGUCAAUCGCGAGCUUACUUCUGAAGAAAAGUCUGUCAUGACAUAUGAUGUCUUGACUGGGGAGCAUAGUCUUUGUAAGUAUAAACGGAUAUACUCUAAGAAAAAUGCAAAGUAG